UGCAGCUCCUCACUCUCCUCUCUGUGUCGUCUCCAGCCACAGCGGAAAGACAGCAUCCGUCAUGUCCUUCUCUCGCUCUUCCUCCAGGUCUGUGAAGACCACCAUGGUGAGCUCCGGCGGCUCCAGUGGCUCCAUGGUCGGCAUCGGCGGCGGCAGUGGAAGGAUUUCAUCCACCAGGGCUCUCAGCAUGUACGGAGGAGCUGUUGGCGGAGGGGUCCGCAUCUCCUCCUCCUCCAUUGGCGGCGGCGGCUUCGGCGGCGGCGGCUUCGGCGGCGGCUUCGGCGGCGGCUUCGGUGGCGGUAGCUUCGGGAGCGGCGGUUAUGGCGGAGGCUACUCAUCCUCCGUCAAGUACAGCGUGUCCGGUAUGGACGACUGCAUCAUCGGCAACGAGAAGUUCACCAUGCAGAACCUGAACGACCGUCUGGCCUCCUACCUGGCCAAGGUGCGCUCCCUGGAGAAGGCCAACGCCGAGCUGGAGCUGAAGAUCAGGCAGUAUGUGGAGAGCAAGGUGGGCCCCGCCACCAGGGACUACAGCGCCUUCUUUGUCACCAUCAACGACAUCACUGCCAAGAUCCAGGAUGCCCUCAGGGUGAACGGAGCCAUCCAUCUGAGCAUCGACAACGCCCGCCUGGCUGCAGACGACUUCAGGACCAAGUAUGAGAACGAGCUGGCCAUGCGCAUGUCGGUCGAGGCCGACAUCGCCGGGCUGAGGAGGGUCCUGGACGAGCUGAACUUGGCCAAGACGGACCUGAGCGUGCAGAUCGACGGUCUGAAGGAGGAGCUGAUCUUCCUCAAGAAGAACCACGAGGAGGAGCUGCUGGCGAUGCGCGCUCAGAUGAGCGGUCAGGUCCACGUGGAGGUCGACGCCGCGCCGGGAGAGGACCUCUCUAAGGUCAUGGCAGAGAUCAGAGAACACUACGAGGCCAUCGCCGCCAAGAACCACAAAGAGCUGGAGGCCUGGUUCCACGCAAAGACGGAGGCUCUGAACAAAGAGGUGGUGACUCAGACCGUCACACUGCAGACGUCCAGGACAGAGAUCACAGAGGUCAAACGGACGCUGCAGGCGCUGCAGAUCGAGCUGCAGUCCCUGUUGGGGCUGAAAGCGUCACUGGAGGGAACUCUGGCCGAGACGCAGAGCCGCUACGCCAUGCAGCUGUCCGGAUACCAGAUGCAGGUGACGUCCCUGGAGGAGCAGCUGGUGCAGCUGAGGGCCGACCUGGAGCGUCAGAGACAGGAGUACCAGAUGCUGCUGGACGUCAAGACCCGGCUGGAGAUGGAGAUCGUCGAGUACAGGAGGCUGCUGGACGGAGAGGCCAGCGGCAGCUUGGGCUCCUCCUCCUCCUCCUCGACCACCACGACCAAGCGGACGGUGACGGUGGUGGAGAAGGUGGUUGACGGGAAGGUGAUCUCCUCUUCCUCCACCUCCUCAUCCGCCUACCGGUGAGCUGCAGCAGUGAGCGACAGCCAGUCAUCAUCCUCAUCCUCAUCUUCAUCUUUCACUGAUGCUCACUGAGUCAUGACACAAUAAAUAA